AUGGUCCGAUCUGCUGAUGGCUGGGAUACCUUUCAACAAUAUAACACCUUCUACUCCCGCAGUAUUGCUUCAACAGAUGACUACGUCAACAGCGAAAUAGUUGGUCUUUGCGGCCCUCUCUUAGAGGUCAGGAAUGAUCCCGCCGAUCCUUCUCCAGACCGACGGACAGUCCAUUUACCGCACUUUUCCGUCCGACAAUAUCUUCUUCGCCAGCUCCCUACGCCAGGCUGGAUUCGACAGAACGAUCGCUUGCAAAUCUCUCACGAGAAGCUCCAAAACACCAUACUUGCCAAAGCCUGUCUUCAGUAUAUCAGCUUGCGCCAAGUUUGGGAUGGUGUUCUCUAUGAUUCUCCAACCCCUCUUGGCGUAUCGUUUCGAAGGUAUGCGGCAACGACCUGGCAUCAACAUGUCAACUCGGGCCUACCCAACGACGCGGAAACAGCCAGGCUGUCCAUUGAAUUUCUCAGCAGGGAUAAUGCUGCUUGGAAUGCUUGGAGAGCAUUGAUCGAGUCAGAGGAUGCAGAACGACAGGGCAAAGAGACUGAGGCCAUCCUCCCUGGCCCUCUGUACUACGCAGUAAAGCUGCAUUUGAUUGGCACGGCAAUUUCCCUGAUCACUGAACAAAACGUGAAUGAGACCAGCAGUCUGGGAAGGUCAGCUCUUGGCAUUGCCUGCACCAACGGGUCCAUAGAUGUUGUUGACGUACUUCUUAAAAAGGGGGCCGACAUCACGGUCGCGGACAAUGAUGGAUUGACACCACUGAAUGCAGCAUCAGCUAAUGGCCACAUCGAGGUGGUGAAGCUGCUUCUCGAGAAGGGGGCGGAUGUGACGGUCGCAGACGAUGGUGGACGGACACCGCUGAAUUCAGCGUCAAACAACGGGCAUGUCGGGGUGGUGAAGCUGCUUACUGGGAGCUUGAACUCUGUCUGA